AUGCCGACUCUUGACAAUCCGAGUCAUACGGACACCAUCAUCCAUGCUGAGAAUGGUAACGUCUUGUACGAUGCUCAGAUCGACAAGAACGUUGUGUCGUGGCCUAAGCUAUACGAAGCUGGUCUAUUUGGCGACUUCACCGCCACCGAAGCAAUCAUCUAUAAUGCGGCUGAUGAUGAGGCUGCUGGUCGUGUAUCUAGACACGACAACGUAUACUGUCUCGAGGAUUUGGCCCCGCCGUCGGCGACGACUCACCCGUCCAGGCCAACUACAGAGUCGAUCCCCCAAGUCUCUACUUCAGAGCUUGAGAUAGUGAAUGAGUCUGCACAGGGUAGUCCAAGUUCUGGCGUGAUUAGUUCCAAUAUUUUUGCGUCUCCUAAUACGUUGCCUUCUGAGUCAGCCUAUGUUGAGUCGAGCGUUCCCUUGAAUUCAUCUUCUCCAAGUGCCACCACGACGAAGCGCAAACUAGGAACUCAUUUCGAAAGUUCCGGUCAAGCUCCAGCAAAACGCAGUCGCGCUAAAUUAAGCAUGCAUGGCCGCAUAAGGCAUCAGUUGAUCGAGCUGGGGGAGAAGGUUGCAAAUGUGAUCACGACUCCGUCCUCCUUGUCACCGCCCCACCCACCCAGGAUUACCCGCAUACCGAGUGACUUCGAUUGGCCUCACAAGAUUUUUGAUAGUAAUUCGACGCCCUCUUUCACUACAACGUUCAUGUCGUCAGCAACUAGAGAGUAUCACCCGCCCGCAGCGACUCCAGAGAUCGUUGAGUCGAAGAGUACCAGCAGUGAAUCGUAGUGUAUUGUACCGACGUCCGCCAAUAGAGUCUCAACAAGCGUGCAGAGGCAGAGAAAAGGCGGGUGGCUCGCGACUAAAGGUGGAGCAUAUAAAAUCGAGGUUGAGGAC